GGAAAAAAAAAGCGGGGCGGGGAGUCAGCUUGGAGGCGAGCCGCGGAUAAAGGAGCCCCACUCUCCCCGCCCAUCGCCGUCAUCAUUACUACGCUCUGUUCUCUUUUCGCAUCGCUCCGGAUUUGGGGCUUUUUUUCCCUUCUCCUUUGGACCAUGACUCCCUCGUUUCGGCCCAGCAAAAGCCGCGAGGAAGAGGAGGAGGAGGAUGUCGAGAGGAGAGGAGACAGGAGGGCGAGGAAGCCGCUGGUGGAGAAGAAGCGCCGGGCGCGGAUCAACGAGAGCCUCCAAGAACUCCGGUUGAUCUUGGCGGAUACGGAGUUCCAGUCCAAGAUGGAAAAUGCCGAAGUGCUGGAGUUGACGGUGAAACGGGUUCAAGGCAUCCUGCAGCAGAGCAGGUCUCCAGAUGACGACAAGCUGCAGCGAGAGGCCAGCGAGCGCUUUGCGGCUGGGUAUAUCCAGUGCAUGCACGAAGUUCAUACCUUUGUCUCCAGCUGCCCUGGGAUUGAUUCGACCAUUGCCGCCGAGCUCCUGAAUCACCUGUUGGAGUCCAUGCCUCUGAACGAAGGCAGCUUCCAGGACUUGCUUGCGGACGUCUUGUCGGACCCCUCCCUCGGCCAGUGGCCCAGCAGCGAGGGGACCCCCCAAACAGCUGGGGCUUCUCCUGGAGCUUUGAACCUGCUCAGCCCUGCUUCACCCCUCCGUUCACCUUCCUCAAGUGAGGAAAUGUGCUCUGAUCUUGAAGAUGCAGAGACUGAGCAAAGCCACAUUUCUUUGGAUGGACUGGACAGGUCUAGGACGCCCAACCUGCCUUCCUCCAACCUUUCCAAAUCUGUGUGGAGACCCUGGUAAUAAACUGCACAGCAACCAACGAAGACCUACCUAAUAGGGAGAAUACUUGAGCACUGUGUUCUUCUAGCCACUGGAAUAGAGACGGUGAGGAUUUCAGAUGGUGCAUUUGUGUUGUGUAUUUCAGGGCAGAAUAGAUGGCACUCUCCCACUGUCAAACCCUGACAGGCUAAAUAGGUGAAUGAAUUACCAUUUCAUUUGUGAGUGUGAGGGGUGAGUUUUGUAAGUUCUUUUUUAAAUUUUUAUUUUAGGGAUAUGGGGUAAAAAGGGAUGGAAAUGUGUGCAAGUAGAGCUCUUUUGUUGAUGCACCACAGUGUUUUUGCAACUUACCUAUUUGUUUCUUCUUUUUGUUUUGGCCCUUAUAAGUGGCCCCAGAUGUCGCUACCUUUGUUUGGUUAGGGGCGAAAAGCCCUUAUGCGUUCAAGAACUGGGUGGUUUAAUCCAGUGAGAGGGGUGAAGUUAAGCAUUUGUGCUCAACUUCAAAUGUUUUAGUGAUAGUAUUAAAAAGUAAAGGGAAAUCCCUGAAAGGGAUUGACAAGGCUAGCCUCUUGAUGAGUUUAGUGGUCUAGAAUCUCUCCUUCAAUGAAGGAAAAGGAAACUAGAAGCCAGACUGGAAGUAGGUGAGCAUUUAAAAUAUUGGUGGCAGGGUGCCUUUUAGAAACGUGUCUUGUGCACAUUUUCUCGCACAUUUGAAUUUAUUGUGGUCUGUAUAUUAGCUUGUCAAAUGUUUAUUUUAAUCUUUUUAAGAAAAAACAAUAAAAGCAACUAAAUUCACCCAUGA